AUGAGUGGAGGUGAGGAGAAAAGAAAAUCUAGAAAGCGUAGCCAAAGUUGUGAAGGAAGCUCUGGAGGUUCAAGAACAUCAAGCAGUUCUAGUAGCAAUAGCCCAGUAAGGAAAAAAUCAAGAACUUCUAAAUCCAAAAAGAGGAGAUCUAAGAGACAUUCUUCCACAGAAAGCAGCAGCAGUAAUGAAUCUUCUGACUCAGAAACAAACAAGAAAACACACAAGAAAGCUAAGGGGAAAGAGGAAAAGAAGACGCAUCAGGGUAAGAAGAGGAGAAAAAAGAAAGACAAAAGAAACAAAGAAAAGAAGUCCAAAUUAGCUGUGAACCAAGAGAAAUAUGGCAAAUAUGGAAUCUUGGUGGACAGUGACAUGUUCAACAAACAACAAGAAUUUUAUCUGUGGCUACAAGAAGUGAAGAAAAUCAAUCCUGAAGUCUUUCCCAGAUUUGAGAUGAAGAAAAUGUUUGAAACCUUUGCAGAGGACUACAACACUGUUACACUGCCACAUAAAAAAUUUUAUGACCUGGAAAAGUGGGAAGCCAAACAGAGAAAAAAGGGAAGGCUAAAGGCUCUCAAAAAAGCACAAAGGCAGCAGCUGUCCAUUGAAAAUGAUGAACUCCGACAUAAAUCCCUACACUCUGGACCAACAAGACCUGGAAUGAGCAAGAACGAUUUGCUUGAAAUGCAACGAAUUAUGAGAGAGAGACAACAGGAGGACUACAAGAAAAAGGCUGGCAUGAAACUUGAUGAAACCAAGGGUGUACGAUAUCAGACAAUCCAGUAACAGCUCAGUUUUUAAUAAAAAUUAUAUCAUACAUGUAUACACUACCUUAUUUUUAUGCCUGUGAGGAUGUCUUGAUGUAGAAAUUUAAAAACAUCCAUUCACCUAACUUAAGCUAAUGAUGGCCAAAAAGGCAACUACAGUUUCAUUGUCACUACCCAGUCGUCUUCUAUACAUGUAGGUAAACAAUGCUGUACUUUUCUUUUAAACCAUAUACAUGUAGUUUAUUUCAGUGAUGGAAUUAACAGGCAGUAAUCAGACAUUUGUCUGACCAAGUUAUGAAAUUGUCCUGGAACUAAUAUUACAUUAAGAUUGGACAUCAUAGGCUUGCCGAGCACCAAAAUGACUCAGCUUGAAUUGGGUAGCAAGAAGGAUGUUAACAUGUUAGCAGAAUUCAUCUGUUUCAUCAGCACUGUAUCACAGAACUAACUACAUGUACAUGUACAUUCAAACUCACAAAGUAAGUUACUGGUAGCCUUGUUAGCCUAAUGACUGACUAGAAUUUUCAUUGUUACAGAGGGUCUCCAUGUGUAUCUAAUUGAUUAAAGUUACAGUUUCUAAUGGCAAUCUUUUUGCCUGACUAAAUUUUGCUCAAGUAAGAAAAGUUUGAGUUUUUGGACCUGAUAUUGGAGAGAUAUACAGAACAGGAUAUUCAACUAUUAAAAAGAAGUGGUUUAGGUCAAGGAAGUGAUGGAUUAAAGUUUGUAGCCAUAAUGAAUUUCACUAUGUUUUGGAAUGUAGUUACCAGUCCCUUCAUAAUACUUGUAAUUUUGUUUAUAUAUUUAAUAAUAUUUUGUACAAAAUAAAAUACCAUAAAAACUAAUAAAAAGUGAAAAAUCUAAUGCAGGACCACUUUCCACAUUUGAUUGUAAAUAUAGUAGCAUUUAACUACUGCAAACAUGUAAAUACUAUAAGAAUAAACAAUGUGCCAGAGAUCCGUGUUAUUACUUUA